UUCCCUUUUCUAGAGCAGAGUGAAGGAAUAGAGAGUUGUUAUUCUCAACAGAGAAGAUUUCUUAUUUCUGUCUUUCUUUUAAAUGUAUUAAUAUAUUGGGGAGGAUAUUGGAAGGUGAGUGGUUGCUUCGAUUCCGAGAGAAAAGCUCUCACCACCUUUCGGAACUCUCUCAACGAUUCCUUCAAUAUUCUCUCUUCAUGGGAUGAUGAUGCCUCUGACUGCUGCAAAUGGAGAGGAAUUACCUGCCACAACAUGACUGGAAUUGAUCCAGCUUUGGUGGAACUGCAGCAUCUUCAGCUCCUGGACUUGAGCUUUAAUGCUUUUGAUGGUGCACCAAUUCCAGAUUUCCUGGGUUCAAUGAAGGAGUUGAGGCAUUUGGACUUGACAUAUGCAGGCUUCAGUGGGAGAAUCCCUCAUCAGCUUGGAAACCUCUCUAAACUCAUUUCCCUGAAGCCUUCUUCAGAUUAUUCUUUGAGCGCCAAAAACCUUUGGUGGUUGACAACCCUACCUUCUCUCAAUUACAUGUCUUUAGUGAACCUUUCCAUGGCAAGCCAUGAUUGGGUGCACGUAAUUAACAUGUCUCCUUCCCUUGUUGAGUUGUACCUAUGGAACUGUGGUCUUUCAUAUAUUUCUCUAACUCUUCCUUCUGUUAAUUUUACAUCUCUCCGUGUCCUUGAUCUUCGUUUUAACAACUUCAACUCUACCAUUCACCAUUCCAAACUGGAUAGCUAACAUUAGUAGCCUCGUGUCCUUGGAUCUCUCAUAUAACAACUUUCAUGGUGAGGUUCCUUAUCAAUUCUCACAACUUCCUAACUUGGAAGAGUUGUGGUUGGUAUCAGCUGAUGAUGACCUCAGGGUUGAUUUGUCAGAGUUCCUUGAAGGCAACUUG